AUGGGAGGAAAUUCAACUAAAAGCGAAAACGCUGUUUCAAUUGGAAAUUUAAAACUCUAUUUCAAUAAAGCAGAGUUUCUUCCAGGAGAGACUGUUCAAGCUAAUGUUGUUUUGGUUUUAACUUAAGAUACUUACUGCGAUGCAAUUACAAUCAAAUUCAAAGCUACUGAGUAAAUGAUCUAUAAGGGUAAUAUCUAAAAGCCAUACACUGUAAUUGAUAGAAUAGCUCAAAUGAUUUAAAUUUAAAAGAAGUUGACCAGAGGAAGUCAUAAUUUCUAAUUCUCUUACUAACUGCCAAAUGUUUUGCAACCUUCUUACUAUCUUGAUAAGGUAAACGAAAGAAUGUAAAGCAGCUAAGUUAGAAACGGAGAAACUAUUACUACUGACCAAGAAGAGAAAUUAAAAUUCACCUUAAUGUACAUGAUGGUUAGCCAACUUGAAAUUAAAGAUAAAAAUAUUUUAGACAUGGAGGGUUUGAAUAUUAUGAAAAUAGGAUCUGCUGCAAAUAAUCAGCCUAUCAACGAUACAUUUAGUGAAGUUUUAAAGAAUUUCUAUGGAAAUUAUGGUCUUUAUUAAUAAAGGGUUUUCAUUAAAAGAAGUGAAUUUAAUCCAGGAGAGACUAUUCCUAUACAGUUAUCAUUUGAAAACAAAGGAUCAAAGCCUUUAAAGAGUGUAAACGUUAAGCUAAUUCGUGAGCAAAAUUUUAUUAAACCUGAAUCAGGUGGAAGAGAAAACAAGCAAAAGAAGUUGACUAUUUCUGAUAUAAAUUUAAUACAAAUAGUUCCUCCAAAAUCUGUGAAAGAAAAUGUUGGAAUCCACUUUAAAAUCCCUGAUGAUCCCAAACUAAUACUUCCUAGUUACAACGGAGGAGCAUUUUCAUGCAGAUACUUCUUGUAAUUUACCUUUCUUUAUAAUGGAGCCUUCUGCUCUGAAGUGAGCACUUCAAGAUAGGUACCAAUACUCAUCAUCGGUAAAAAUGAUAGGAGAUUUAAUUGA